UACAAAAUACUACAGAUAGUUUGUUUCUUUUUGAUACCGACAUAGCUGAGAAAUCAGCAGCCUCGGAAACAGAUGCGACUGCGAGCGGCCAAGAUCUGUUAUGACAGUGCAUUAUCUUUCCACUGAUAAAAACUGCUAAAUACCUACCUACCUACAUGUUAAAUACAAAAGUUUAUCUUCAUUCAUACGCAUGCUCAUUACUCAACUUGAGCCUCGCGGAGCGCAUUAAAAUGUUAAAUGCUGUGGUAAAAUUUGUGACAAAACCAUUAGGUUUCGCCCAACUUCGUUAUGCGUCUCAAGGUCUACCACAGUUAUCUUCAGAAAAAUACAAUAUAUCCCGAAAAUCAUUUGGAUCUGUGGAAUCCUCUGAUGUGAACUUCUUUAAAUCUAUUCUCGGGGAUGACAGAGUGUUGACUGAUGAAGGAGAUGUGCAGCCGUACAAUGUGGACUGGCUUCAGCAUUGCAGAGGACAGUCAAAAGUGGUGCUUAAACCAAAGACAACACAGGAGGUUUCCAAGAUCUUGUCUUACUGCAAUCAGAAGAAGCUGGCAGUAUGUCCGCAGGGAGGGAACACGGGGCUGGUCGGAGGCUCCGUGCCCGUGUUUGAUGAGAUUGUUCUGCAUCUGGGACUCAUGAACAAGGUCCUGAGCCUGGAUGAGAUAUCAGGUGUUCUUCUCUGCGAGUCUGGCUGUAUCCUAGAGAACCUGGACAGCCACGCUCGGGAGCACAACUUCAUCAUGCCGCUGGACCUGGGGGCCAAGGGCAGCUGCCACAUCGGGGGCAACGUGAGCACCAACGCGGGCGGGCUGCGACUGCUGCGGUACGGCAACCUGCAUGGCUCGCUGCUGGGGAUUGAAGCUGUAAAAGCAGAUGGAACAAUAAUAGACUGCCUAGGAACACUAAAGAAGGACAACACUGGGUACCAUCUGAAGCACCUAUUCGUGGGGUCUGAAGGCACCCUGGGUGUGGUGACCAAGGUCGCCAUACACUGCCCGAUAAUGCCUAAAGCUGUCACUCUUGGAUAUUUCGGUGUAGAAAGCUUCGAGAAUGUGCUGCGUCUGCUGAAGGCGGCCAAGCUGUCCCUAGGUGAGAUAUUAUCCGCGUUCGAAAUGGCCGAUUUUGACGCCAUUACCACCACCACAAAGAAUUUUAAAAUAUCGAACCCAAUAUCGGACUACCCGUUCUACGUGUUGAUCGAGACGCACGGCAGCCACGAGGGGCACGACAGCGAGAAGCUCAACCAGUUCCUCGAGGAACAGAUGGCGAGUGGACUCAUUCUCGACGGGACCAUCGCUACGGAGCCCGCCAAGAUACAGUCGAUCUGGGGCCUCCGCGAGAGCAUCCCGAGCGCGGGUCUGCGCGACGGCUACGUGUUCAAGUACGACGUGUCUCUGCCGCUCCCGCACUUCUACCGGCUUGUGCCUCAGUUGAGAACCAAGCUCGGGGACAGGGCCAGCGUUGUGUAUGGGUAUGGACAUGUCGGUGACGGCAACAUACACAUCAACCUGACCGUGCCAGACUAUACCAAAGAGAUCCACAGCGAGUUAGAGCCAUACAUUUUUGAGGAAGUGUCCAAACUGAAGGGUUCAAUCAGCGCGGAGCAUGGAAUAGGCUUCAGCAAGCGGAACUACGUCCAGUACAGUAAGGACCAAAGUGCUCUGCACCUAAUGAGGGAGUUGAAACAACUCAUGGACCCCAACGGUAUACUUAACCCUUACAAAGUGCUUCCAGAUGUUAAGUAAUUUAAGUGUUAAUUGCUAUGAUUUUCAUAAGAUAUAUAUUUUUUUACUCGUAUUUACAAUGUAUAUUAUUUGUUUAUAAUGGUAAUAAAUUAAGUGCAAUAUGUUUA